AUGAUGAAGGCUGUUGUCGCCCUUUGUAUCCUUGCCUAUGCUUCUGCAUUCGCUCCUGCUCAAUCCAGCCAAAAGUCGGUUGCCUUGAACGCCCUUAUUGAUGAAUCGUUCGGAAUUAGUGUCGAGACUGGAAGAAAGUGCCCACCACUGGGUCGCGAGCUUUUGAAGGAUGCCAGCCCAGAAGGAAUCAAGUGGUUCCAAAACGCUGAGAUUAAGCACGGACGUGUUGCCAUGGUUGCCACCAUCGGUUUCUUGAACCAAAAGCUUGGUGUCCAUUUCCCUCUUUAUUUCGGACCCUCUGGAUCCAACGCCUUCCACCCUGAAUCGGCCAGUGACUGGAUGCUUUCCUUCGAUGGCACCACCUUCUCUGACCUUGCCAAGAUGGCUCCUUUUGACGCUAUCAACGCCAUCCCCAACGCCGGGCUCUUCCAAAUCUUCGUUUUUGCUGGAUGGUUUGAGUCUAUUGCCUACAACCGCCAAUGGAAGGAGGGCAACGCAAUCCCAGGAGACUACGGAUAUGAUCCUCUUGGAUUCACCAAGAAGGAGGGUGGUAUUGCCGGCAAAGACUUCGAGUCGCUUCGCAUGAAGGAAAUCAAGAAUGGACGUGUCGCCAUGAUAACAAUUGCAGGAUGGGUCUCAAACGAAGUCAUCCCAGGAUCUUUCCCUGCCUGGCACCCUUAA